GAGAACUUGUACCCUGCAUUUUUAUGUAGCGCUUGUUGUAAUGGAAUGUUUAUUUUCUUUCAGAUUAUUAACUUGUUCGUAGCCGUUAUUAUGGAUAAUUUUGACUAUCUUACACGAGAUUGGUCAAUCCUUGGUCCUCAUCAUCUAGAUGAAUUUGUCAGGGUGUGGUCGGAGUACGAUCCAGAAGCGAGUGGUUGUGUAAAACACUUGGAUAUCGUGACAGUACUCAAAAGAAUAGCUCCUCCUCUUGGAUUUGGGAAAUUCUGCCCCCAUAGAGAGGCCUGCAAGCGUCUUGUUAGUAUGAACAUGCCAUUGAACAGGGACGGCACGGUAAAUUUCAACGCGACCUUAUUUGGUUUGGUUCGAACUUCACUGAACAUCAARAGACCCGAAGACUACCGUGUCUAUUUUCUAGGCAAGGGUUCUUUGGAAAAGGCAAAUGAAGAGAUGAGAGCCAUUAUUAUGAAGGUUUGGCCCAAAACAUCGCCAGAAUUCCUGGACACAAUUGUUCAGCCACCUGGUGGAGACGACGAGGUGACAGUCGGCAAGUUUUAUGCCACAUAUCUCAUCCAGGACUACUUCAGGCGCUUUAAAGCUAGACAACGCGCUGAAAACUUGCAAGGUAGAGAGGGACAUACGACACAAGCUUUGCAGGCUGGUCUCCGUACUCUGCAUGGUCUUGGUCCUCAACURAGGAGAGCAAUUUCAGGCCAGUUGGACAAUGACGAUGAAGAGCUAUUUUUGAAGGAAGACGCACAGCAAAAAUCACAGCAUAAGCGGUUCUGGGAAAGUCUGAAAAAUGCCGUGACACCCUCACCACGACAUAGUAGACCCAACAGUUUUCGUCGUCCUGGUUCAGUUCGUCUUUCAGCGUUCAUCAAAAAGAGUAACAACAAUACCCCGGAGACUACAAGAAAGAUAUCUUUGCCGGCAACACUGAGUGUUCAAAAGGCGCCACGUGAGAGACAAGUACUGGURCCUCUCCAUAGUGAUGACAGUGACUCAGAAGAUAAGCGAUUAUUCGUUCCAGAACAUCAACCUCUAAAAGGUGCAAGAAGUUUUCCUUUGACUGUAACCGCAAAUGGAAACGUAAAUACAGACACUUCGCUCGAAACUCGCGAGCGUAGCAAAAGCGAGAUACUAUCUCCUCGAACUCCUUCUCAAGAACUACAGCAAGACAAUCUUAACAGGGAAAAGUCUUCCAGUGCUUAUGAAGCUGUAGGGAGAGCGUUAGUCGAGGAGGGACUGGACGAUGAUGAUACUAUGGUCCGUGUUGUAGAGCAGGAAAUUGCUGAGGCUUUUGAUGUUUCGACCGAACGGUUAAACGAAGCUGCUGAAAGACUUUUAAACGAGCUUGAGGCAACUUUAAGUUCGGACGAAGAAGGAGAAAAGGCAGAUUCAGAAACUUCGGUGUUGAAGAGUGACGACGAUUCGGAUAGUGACARACCGUCUCAUUUUUGGAGAGAAGGUCUAAAAAGUAUGCCAGAUAAUUGUAUUGUUAUAACAGACCUUUGAUCUUAGUCGAAUUCUUGGAAGCUUUAUUGGAACUUGUCUUCUUCGUGAAUUUAACGAAAAUGAUAUUGGUUUGGUAAUGGUUUUAUACUAGAUUGGAACACAGUUUUAUAGAAUGGAUGUAUAUGUUUAUUACGAACAUUUGAUUGUUCGACAAACCUCUUGGUCCGACUACGAUUCGUUGGUUCCAAUUACAAAUGCGCUUGUGAACGACAUAUAGCCGUGCAAUGUGCAAUAUCAGUUGGAUCCAAGCUCAGCAAAGGGAGAUCGCUAACGUUUCGGAGCCUCAAAAUUCAGGCAAGACUUCAUCUUGGAUCGGUAAAGGAUUCAAUGGAAAUAAUUUGAAAAUAUUUGGUAGGACAAAGGCAUGGGUUUUAUUUGCCAUUAUAGUACAGCAUAUUUUAUAACAAUUGAUGGCAACUUCGCUAUUGAUAAUAGCAUCAAUUGUUUAUUUAUUUUGGCUUCAUAGUAAUAUAUAAUCACGCCACUUUAUAUUUUUUUUAUUGUGCCCAUUUUUAUUAAUAGAAUUCGUUUAAAUUUUGUCCGAAGUAUGAAUAAGAGCAACAGUUUUAUAAAACUCCGUUGGUCACAUAACGUUAACUGACAACCAUAGUAAAGAGAAACUACUUUUCUUUUUGUCUUGAGUUGUUUUAAGUUAUUUUUGUUUUGCUUUUUGAAAAAAAAUUCUAAGAAUUUUUUUGAUUGAUUUAUUGGUCGGUGGUUGUUGUUAUUUUUGGUUGUUGGUAUUAGUCUUAGUGUUUUCUGUGCUUGCGUGUUUGUUUGUUUGUGCGAUCUUCUGUAUAAUUUAAUCAAAGGUCUUUCUUAUCUAUGGAAAUCGGUCGUCAGUGAUCAUGUAGCUAUGUUUGGUCAUGCUGUUGUUUUAUUCAUCAUUAUCGAGAAAGAAAUCUUUGCACAUUACACUGCUUUCAAAGUAGAAUACGUAAAUAAUAUCUAGUGUUGUAGUUUUGUAGAACAUAGAUUUAAUAGAGAAAUAGAAUUUAGUAAUUUAAUAGUCUAAUGUAUAUCAACAGCAAUAUUUUGCAUUCAUAAUAUCGCGAAGCCCAUUCAAAGGGACACAUUUUAAUAUCCAAAAAUGAAUUAAAUUUUUCAGCAAUUAAUACAAUUUUAUAACAAAUUUGAAAAAAGCAUUUAGCUUCAUAAAAAAAAAGAAUUGUCAAUAUUUCAAAAUUCAAUUUAUUACUUUUUGCUAUGAAACAAUUUGUAAGGUCAUCAAGAUGAUAUAUGGUAUAUUAUCACUAAAUUGACCAAAAUAGAAAAGCUUAAAUUUUACACCUUUUUAAAAAUAUUUGUUGUCCCAAAUCUACGCAGUAAGACYCAAAGGAAUCGUGGGAGGUGUUARCGUUAAGGCAUUUGCCAGUCCAGUAAUAAUAAUGGCAUGRAUUUUCUCAGAUGUUUAAUCAGACUUAAAUAAUCUAUUUAAGGAACGCACGAUGAAUUGACACUUCCCAGAUCACCUUAGGAGAUUAUUGCUGUGCUUAACUUUUUUGACGACAAUGUUUUUGAAAUCGGUGUAAACCGCUAUAUAUUGUACAUUACGAACGAUUAAUUAUUUUAAUUGGUUCAUCCAGUAAAGUCAACUUUAUUAUAGCUCAUCAAGACUCAAUCUAAAUUAUUACAGAACCAUUAUUUAAUACUUGUUUCUUGAAGUGGACGGUUUUAUAUUUGAUAAACCUUUUUCAACCAGUGCUUGAACGCUUAAAGAGUCGUUUUUAUUCGCCCGUGCCAUGAAAAUAACUAUUUAGACACUGUUUACAUGAGAUAGGGUGCCCUUACGUGGUAGGGCCAACUCUUUUGCUUUCUUUUCCCUGGAGAAUUUAAAACAAAGGAGUUUGGCCCUACCCCUAUGGGCACCCUAUCUCAUGUAAACGGAGUCUUAGUUGGUAUUUGUUUGUAAAGAGCAAAAGAAAACAAUAGAUUCAGAGUGUGAAACUAUGCUCUUCUAUAGGCCUUUCCCGAAUUUGGAUGAUUUUUGUGUGUGAUUUUUUUUAGUUGAGUCAGCUGGAAAUCGAAUAUAAAGCAGUCUUCACUUAUAAUGUAAAUAAAAGGCUUCUAGCUGUCUAAGCACCACACCACAUUGAUCCUGCUGAGCUCCUUAUAAGGUUGAUUAUACUGGCGUAAAACCUCCAUUGUAUCAUAAAAAAUCACAUGUAUUUGACUWGUCGUCARAAMGUGACUACUUGGCUCAAACAACCCAAUUUGAUGAUAAAGAUAUUCACAUUGAAAUUGUAUUUAGUAGUAGCUAGUUUAUUUAUCUUUUGAGUUUCAGCCAAGCAGUCACCACUAUAGCGACCAUACGACCGAAAUGUGUCUUCAUGUAAGAUAUUGCGGUCGUGUUGGCGCAUUUGAUGUAGAAAACAUUCCGCAAAAUCUCAUCGGUUUGGGCGCAAUAUUUCAUUUUGAUUCCUAUGAAAAAGUUAUGUAUAGCUUACAGUGAAAAAUGCUGUCGGCUUACAUCAAAUCAAAGCUAUUUUUAAAGGAAAUUUUAGGUAGUUAGAAAUUUGAUUUCAACAGUGGUCGUUUGUACAGAGGGUGUACAGCCCAGUCCUCGGAAUAGACAUUAUCCAUUGGGUUGUAGAGUGAUUGUCAUUAACCCGUGAAACAAGAGUCAUCAGUGUGAAAUAAUAAGGGAUAAAGUAGCAAAAGCAAAACAAAAGGUGCAGAAUAGCGAUUUGUGUAUUUCAUAGUGUAUUCUACGGGUUAAGGAAGAAUUUUAUUGGACGAUCAAUUGGAUCAACUCUUCCUGUACAACCGGCCAAGAUGUCUGCAUUAAAAUUUCUUGUAGAGAAGGGAUGAUCAUUUAUUGAAGAUCGUGAGCCGGAAUCGAAUCACAGUUAAAAGCAUCUAUCUUUAUUAUUGGCAUUUCCUUUCUCCCCUUUGGUCGUAAAUCCAAUCGUUUAUCCUGUUUUGAGACGACAACGUUGUCCAAUUGGUUAUACAAGCUCGUAUCUUUAAAGAUGAACCUUUUGAUGAAUGAUACUCUUUCUAACUCAAUGACAUGUAAUUUGAGACAAUAUUGCGCCUAAACCGAGGUUUAUGCACCAUAACACUUCUUUUCUAUUGAAACGAUUGGUUUAGAUAAAAACAACAAGCCAGAGAAAACAAAAAAAAAUAACCCUAGAUAUUAUUUCAAAUUUAGGAACUACCGGGGGCUUUAGAUUACGCUUUGAGUCCAUUAUUUUUUUGGUUGUAAAGUAUUUGGGAAUACAGUUUCCAAAUGCUAGAUAUUUUUAUAUUAAUUUAAACAUUAUGAAAUACUUGUAGAAUUUGAAGAUUAGUCCUGGUCAUUUAUAUUAAGAAGACUCCAUCAGUUUAUGAAAAAACCUUACACGGAUAAACUAAUGCAUUUUAUCGAGGCAAAAACAAUCCUUUCCAUCGCCUAAAGAAAUUUUUUGAAGUGCAUUAAAAAUAUGCUCUUUUCAGACAAAUUGUUUUUACUUUAAGAGUACACAAUUGCAGGAGGUUUGCAGUUAUUUGAGCCACUUUAGGAAACCAUUAAUAAUAAUAAUUACUCGCUGCACAGUUAAUAUAUAUACAUAUAUGAGUGCCCUCUCCAUAACCAAUGCCCAUUUCCCAGGUCUACUUGCGGUCGUUUUGUGUACUCUUUCCGUAACAACACCGUUUGAAAUGAGCCGUCUUCUUAAUUUUACCCAGUAAAUCAAGCAAUUUUCAAUCCAGGGAAGUAUUUUUGUAGGCAUUUUAUUUAUUUCUGAACUGAAAUCCCUAGGCAUAGUUCUUUUGAUCGAACCGUUUCGUAAGUAUGGCUGUACAAACUAUUUUAUACAUAUAGCCAGACUGGUUUAGUGUAUUGCCUUUUAAAGGCUUUGUAGAGAAGUCUGCUUGAAAUUUAACACUGAGAGGGAAAGAAAUAAAACUAUUUUGUACAAACUA